AUGUAUCCAAAGUGGCUUAUUGUGUUAGCUAUAGAAAUAGUUUUAAGUGCAGGUCAGUUGCCGAUAUUAGACUCGCGUUGUUAUCUUGAAAAUGGUGGAUCGGCUGAGAACUUUAUCGUCAGUGAAGAUAUUCGUGUUGAUUCUGUGAUUGGACAAUUAAAGAUUAAUGGCGAUCCAUCGCCAAAUGGAAAUAUAAAUUUAUCAUUACGUGAACGUGAUCGUAAUGCUCCAGUAGCAAUUGACCCUGGCACAAAAGAUUUAAUUCUUACGUCGAAGUUAGAUAAAGAAGGUGAACUUGGACCCGCUUCGGUUUACGUUAAUGUUGUUUGUGAUCGUAAACAUUCAGAUGGAAUUCCAAGCUUUAUAAUUCCUGUAAAUAUUCGUGUACAAGAUGUCAAUGAUAAUAAUCCAAAAUGGAUUGGUGCACCUUACACAAUAAAUCUCUCAGAAGUGACAGUUAAAGGCACAAGGAUACUUCAAGGUGCCCGUGCUGUUGACGCUGAUCAACCUGGUCCUUAUUCAACUGUUGAGUAUCAGGUCUUGCCAGGUCCGUUCUCCGAUUACGUGGAUUUUGUGAAUCCACUUGAGGGAACUUUACAGUUGAAGAAAUCACUCGACUAUGAACAACUUAAAAAUUUCACUGUUAAACUUCGUGCACAAGAUCAAGGAAAUCCACCGAAAUUUUCCGACACUUUUCUUCGUGUCUUCAUAACUGAUGCUGAUGAUCAAAAUCCAAAAUUCAAAUACGAUUCUUAUACGUCUGAAUUCCCACCGCUUGGAAAAAUUGGAAGACUAAGAAUUUAUCCGGAAUCAAUCAGAGCGUGGGAUCAAGAUGAUGGUCUUCAAGCCGAAAUUCGCUACUCAAUUAAUCCAUCACCCGAAUCGCGAUAUUUCUCAAUUAACCCAAAAACAGGUGACAUUGAUUUAAUAACAUCAUUUGAGGUUCAAAAGACGACUUUAGUUUUGAAGGCAACUCAAGUUGAUAACAAAGAUCGAUACGCUCUUGCCACUUUGACAAUAAUGCGAGCUGGUAGUAGUAAUGGUGGAGUUGUUGGUGGUGGUGGGGGCGGAAAAUAUGAAGAAAAUAUUCGUAAUGAACAAACUGUAAGAAAUGAUCAAAUAGCCGGAACAAGCAGCACAAAUGUUAACAUUGAUCGAACACCGAAAAUUCAGUUCAUUCAACCGAAAUAUGAAGCAAGAGUAAGAGAAGACGUUCCAGCAGGUGCACGUCUCAUCGCUCUACCAACUAAUAAACCAUCCGAACGAUAUCUUCAAUACACGAUUCUCGACAAAGCCCAAAAUGAGAUCUUCGAAAUCGGACAAUUUGGCGAAGUAAUUUUGAAGAAAGCGCUCGAUUAUGAAAAAGCGAUUCGUCAUGUUUUUCGCGUUAUGGCAAGCGACGGCAUAAGCAAUGCAACAUGCCAAGUCAUCAUUGAUGUUUUGAAUGUUAACGAGUGGGAUCCGCGCUUUCGACAACCGUAUUACAGAUUUCGAUUCCCGUCGCGUGACGUAAUGAAUAUUUCAACUCCAAUGGCUCUUGGGAAGAUUGAAGCAGCAGAUGGUGAUCGUGGAGAGAACAUAAACUUCAAUCUUCGUGGUCAAUAUGCAUCACAUUUUGUCAUCGAUCCCAAUGGUGUUAUUUGGUUGAAAGAUCCAUUGGAAGGUUUCAUAAAGAAAGAAUUGAGUUUGAUUGCAACUGCAACCGAUUCUGGACAAAGAACGACGACAGUUCCAGUCACAUUAGUGAUGGAAGCAGAAACAUCACAAGCGCACUUUCCUUCUUUAUUCAGUUUAGUUGCUGCAGUCUUCAUUAUUUUUGUAUUCGUUGUUAUUCUCAUUUCAAUCUUUAUUUUCAAACGAAAAUCAAGUCAAGUUCAUAGCAAUCUACCAUCUUCGAUGCAAUCAUCAGCUGGCCUUGUAAGUCAAGAGAAGCGCUUAAUGAAUGGCCACAUGAUAGAUUCAACUCAAGAACAGUUGAAUUUCCUUCAUGCAGGAAGUAAUCUUUCUCCUGGUGCUUCAUCAAUCGCUGCAACCAUCGAUGCGCAAGCUCAAACCCUUGGAGCUUUGGCAAGGUCAGGAUAUCGUGGAAGAUUUUACACUCAGCCACCACAAAAUGAUGACAUCGAAAAAGAUUCGAUAAGCAAUUCAGAAACCACAACAACAAGAGACAUGAAUCGAGCCACUGAUCCGAGAAAUAAAAAGCUUAGUUGGCAACAUGAAGAAUUUCAAAAAAAUGAUGUCAGUGGAUCACUCGAUCUUAACGGAUCAACAGAAAAUAAUCUGAUCGUUUAUUUCUAA